AUGGCCGACGCUCGUACGCGCGGCGAGGCCUCAGGGUCCCGCCGCAAGAAACGAGACUCGCCAUCAAAACAACAGGACCGCCGCGACGCCGCUCGCAGCGAAAGCUUCCAAACACAAACACAACCACAGCCAAUCUACUCGAAUACCAGGGCUGCACCUAUAUACGCCGAGCCGGAAGAGGACCUGAACUUGCGCGGUCCCCGCCGCUACAGCAGCGGGGAUGUCUCGUCUUCCAGCUCGAGCUACAUCGACAUCUCGCGCAGGUCGCCCAUUCAGCGCCGGUCAGCCGUGGGAUUCUUCCGGUCCUUCUUCGCAGCCCCAGACAGACGGCGCCGCGUCAAGAAGCAAAGAAGCCGCGCGUCCAUGAAGCUGGGAAACUCGUCAAGUAGCUCAGUCGACAGCAACCUGGCGUACGGAACCGGCUUCUUGAAGAAGCGGAAGGAGAGAUACGUGUCGCCCUACGGUUCUAGGAGGGAGCGCAAAACUAGCGGCAUAUAUGCGCCCGCGGGCCGGGCGCCGGGGAAGAAGCGCAAGGAGAAGGAUGUUGAGACGGAAAUACUAGAGGUCGGCGCGGGAUUGGCUGCGCUGGCGAGGAAACAGAACCGCAUGGACCUGAUUGAGGCGCGGAAACAGGGAGUUGUGCAUAUUAAGAGGGAGGACUCGGGGAUACAUGGGCUUGGGGUUAAGGGCGUGGAGUCUAGCCGUGGACUUGGGUCGUCGAAACCUAGCCAUGGUGCGGAUGAGGACGGCUGGGAGUCAGCGAGCGACGACGAGUCCUGCUCCUCUAGCAGCGUGGAUUUGGGGCUUGCAUAUGGCGGCGAGAACACGUGGAAUUGGGGACGUCCGCGUCCUCCAAUGCCCGUAAAGCGCAAGAGCACCAUUGUGGACCCGAAGCUCUUCGGUCCGCAGAACUCGCUGAAUGGCGUCCUCUCGAGGCCGGUCGGUUUCGGAGAGGUCGACAUCAAUGCUCCUGGAGGAUUUAUGCCGGAACCAUUUUCCUCUGCCGCGAGGGACACUGGCUAUGUGUCGCCGCAGCAGCCACCGCCAGCACCGAGUCUACGUGGAAAGGAUGAUGGCUAUAUUCCUACUGCUGGACCCGCCCGCAGGGGAAGUGCCCAAAGCUCUGGCUCUCUACAACACGUCUUCCCAAUGCCUACGGACGACCCUCUUAACUUUGACGCCUGCCGCAGGUCCGUCGCGUCCGUCCAGGACCGACCAAUCUACAAUGUAUCACGCACUGACUCUCUACCCCUACGACAACCUAAGCCAUUUACACCUGUUUCGCAAACUAUCUACGAACAAUCCUCUAUCCCAGCUCAUGUGGACUCUACACCUCGAAAAAGAGACUCUGGGAGUAAAAGGGAAUCUGGGAGCAAGAGAGACUCUGGGGGUUACGCGACCUUCGCUGGUGCGGGCCUUGCUGGGGUUGCACUUGCUGGGAUGGCGGCCAACCGACUCGAAAAGCGUAGAAAUGAAGACGAUUAUGAGAGAGCGAAGCGACGCGAGCGACGCAAUAAGGAGGUGCGCGAACCUGAGGACGAUCGUGAAAGGCGCCGCGAGAACCGUCGCGAGUCGGAGAGAUACGAAAAGAGCGAUAGACUGCGAGACUCCCGCCGUGAUGAUGAGCAGCGCGACUACCGCCCAGACGAGAGGCGUGAGCGCCGCCGUGGCGAGGAGCGCGAAGAGACCCGUACCUCUCGUCAGCUGAUCGCGGACAGGCCCCACAAAUCGCGUCAGGCAGCUGCCGAUGGGCCUUCGGCCAGGGCUCUUGAGAAGGCUCCUGAACGAGCCCUUGGGAGCGCGCCUGAGCUGCCUAUGGAUAACCUUGAUAUCGGGUCCACGAUUGAGAGAGGCCACACCCCUGAUAUCGUGACGGUGGAGAGAGUGCCUCGCUUUGCUCGCGGAGGAGCGCGCACCUCGAAAGUCCCGGCCGCAUCAACAGCCCGCGAUGACGGACCCUCUGAGACCCGUGGCCGUUCGAGGGAGAAAUCCCCUGAGCAGAUACGGGUCGUUCGUGUAGUAACUGACGAGCCGUCCGCAGCACCAAGUGAUGCUGCGGCCGCUGAAUACUCCAGCCCUACUAAGAGGGAGUUUAAGAAGGGCAAGCGCAAGUCCUACUCCGCCAGCACCGAGCGAGAGCGCGACCUCAUCCAAGAAGACGCCGACCGCGUGUACCGCGAGACCACCGCCGCGAACAAGGCAGCUGCCAAGGAACCGGCACCGCGUCCUGUGACGCCAGAAAACAACGACGAGGACAAGGAGAAGGGUCCCUACGACAGCCCUAACGCUGACUUCGAGCUUGACCACGUCAUGCACCCCGAGGACAUGCCGACCUUCUCUCCCGUUGUGCUCCGCGCAUAUCCCGCCUCGCAGAGCUGCGAGAUCGAAGGCCCCUUCGACCCAGCCACGAUGGGCCUCUCCCGACCGCUCCUAAACCUCGUCUAUCCCACCCCCACACCCGAGGCGCAGAAGCUCCGUGGCGCCAAGGCGGCUCCUGAGACAAAAGAUCGCGAGAUCUCAGACCGCGAUAUUGUCACGGUCUCUCCAUCAGAACCCAAGGGCGUCAAGUGGGGCGAAGAUGAAGUCAAGAGCUUCGUACCCGUAACGCCCCAUGAUGAGGCCGCCGAUCCGAUCCACAAAGCUGCCGCGCCGGAACCCGUGAAGAAGAAGCCUUCUCGUUGGGGAGACAUCCGCGGUGCCUUCAUCGCACGCGCAGCGGAGAUCAAGGCCGAGGAGGCCGCAGAAGAGAAGGCGCGCGCGGCCGAGGCCCCCGCUUCCCCAGCCGAACCCUUCGAAUACCGCGGCAUCACCGUGGAGCCCGAGCAUGCCAACGACCGUGACGCUAGCCUCGAGCGCGAUCUCCCCAGAGAUGACCACCGCGACCCCGGCCCCCCUCCCUCCGUUGGCCCCAAGCCCACCGCCGCUGUAGAGAGCCGCGGCAUGCCCGGCGCCUUUGAUGAUGACAUCGACUUCGCUGCCACUCUCGCGGCGGGACUUCAGGACUCGGGUUUUGAUCCGAAUAUCGUGAUUAACGACUCCAGCUUCGCGAGGCGCUCAUCGCCGCCGGGAUCGGAUGUCGAAACGGUGGUGUACCACAAGCCGUUCUCGGAGACGGUCACGGACUUGGGCGUUUAUGAGCGUCAUCCUAGCGGACCCAGCGAUGGGCCUGUGCUAGAGGAGGCGAGCCGCAAGAUUGACGAGGAGGAGUUUCCUGUCUCGAAGAAGCUGAGCAAGAAAGAGCAGAAGAAACUGGAGAAGGAGGAGGCGAAGCGUGCCAGGGAUCACGAGUUCGACGGCGCUGAGGCUGCCGCGGUCGCUGCAGUAGCAGCUGCUGCCGUUGCGGGAGUGGCGCAUCACUAUGCCGGGGAGCGCGAGGUUGCAGAGCCAGAGCAGCACGCCGACGAGACCGAUGAAUUCUCAUUCUCGAAGAAGCUGAGCAAGAAGGAGCAGAAAAAGCUGGAGAAGGAGGCUGCGAAGCUUGCAAUGGACCGCGAGUUUGAAGCGGCCGAGGCCGAAGCUGCUGCUACUGCUGCGGACCACGAGGUUGUCGGGGAGCGCACCGAUGAGGCUGAUGACUUCGCGUUCACGAAGAAACUGAGCAAGAAGGAGCAGAAGAAGCUGGAGAGAGAUGCCGCGAAACUGGCACAGGAGGAGGAGGAUGCGGCCCGGGAGCGCGAGCACGAAGCUAUGAUGGCGCAGAUUGUCGUGGAGCAUGAAGUCGUGGGGCCACAAGAUGAGGCUGACGAGUUCGCCUACGGCAAGAAGCUGACCAAGAAGGAGCAAAAGAAGCUUGAGAAGGAGGCCGCGAAACUGGCCCAAGACAAAGAAUUCGAAGACGCUAAGGCUGAGGCUGCAAAUAGCCGUGCCGUCGAAGAGCCUGAGGAAGUCUGGGGCGAAGAGGCUCGGGAAGUGCCCGAGUUCUUUGACCGAGGACGAAUCGCGGUGCCUGGGGCUCCGCAGGAGGAGAUACGGGACGAGUUUGACGACUUCGAUGCAUUCAUGCCCAAGCUGAGCAAGAAGGAGCAGAAGAAGUUGGAGAAGGAGGCCGCGGCCGCGAAACUUGCCGAGGAGAAGGAGUUGGCAGAGGCCGAGGCUGCGAAACUAGCUCAAGACAAGGAGUUCGCAGAAGCCGAGGCUGCUAAUAACCAUCCCGUCGAAGAGCCCAAGGUCCAGAGCCGAGAGCUGCAGGACGACGAAUUCAAAGAGGCUGAUGAGUUCACCAAGAAGCUGAGCAAGAAAGAGCAGAAGAAGCUAGAAAAAGAGGCUGCCAAACUUGCUCAAGAUAAGGAAUUCGAAGAAGCUGAGGCUGCGAAUAGUCAUGCCGUCGAAGAGCCUGAGGCCUGGGACCAAGAGCAUCAAGAGGACGAAUUUAAGGGGGCGGAAGAGUCAGCGCCGAAACUGAGCAAGAUAGAACAGAAGCGCUUGGACAAGGAGGCCGCGAAACUGGCACAAGAUAAGGAGUUCGAAGAAGUCGAGGCUGCGAGUAGUCGUGCGGUGGAAGAACCUAAGGCUUGGGUUCAGGAGCCACAAGAGGACGAAUUCAAAGAAGCGGAGGAGGGGUUCGUCUUUACUAAGAAACUAAGUAAGAAAGAACAGAAGAAGCUAGAGAAGGAACAAGCGAAGCAAGCACGCGACCGUGAGAUCGAGCUUGAGGAGGCAGGGGAAGGUCUCCACGCCAUCGUUGAGGAGCCAGAAACCUCGAAAUCACAGGGAGAGGAUGAUAAAGAGGCAGACGAAUUCGCCUUCACGAAGAAGCUGAGCAAGAAGGAGCAGAAGCGACUCGACAAGGAAGCAGAGAACCUGGCGAGAGAUCGCGAGCUAGAGCUUGAGCAAACCGAAGUCCCUGGCACCCAAACUCCAAAAGAGGCUGACGAAUUUGCCGAGUUCUCGACCUCUAAGAAGAGUAAUAAAUCCAAGAAGUCCCGGAAGAGCGCUGGGUACCCUGACGAUGAUGAAGAGGUACCAGCGACGAAGAUUUCCGUUCCUAUCGAUGCAUUUGAUGAUUUACGCCACGACGAUGCCACUGCUGGCCUAGUGGACGAAUGGGACGCGCCAAAGAAGUCGAAGAGGAUGUCAAGGCGCGGAGAUGAAGUCUUCGAAGAUGCUCAGGAGUCCAUUUCGAGGAAGGGAUCGAAGAAGGACAAGUCAAGGGGCAAUGCGGACAGCGACCGAUCCCAAAUCCGAAGCGUUGUGUCUGAGCCUGUUGAGGAUGACACCAGGUCCGUGACGUCGGAAUCUAAGAAGAAGUCUAGGGGUAGUGGCUUCUUUGGAUUCUUCGGAGGCUCGUCUAACAAAUCCGAUGUUAGCGAGAGCGAAAAGGCUGUCAAGCUCGUUGGCGCUGAUGAGGCGUACGACUUGAGCAAUGGCCAUUCUCCUAUUGAGGGCUCUAACGGCAUUUCCAAUGGGAAUGGCCACGAGGCACACGAGGAGGACGAGUGGGCUAGCACCACGAAGUCUAAAAAGAAAAAGAAGAAACAGAAGAAUGGCAUAGCCGACGAUGAGGCCUCUGAACAGGAUUCUUUUUUAGCUAAUGCCGGCACCCUUGGCGCGGGUGUCGGCCUUGUCGGUGCUGCAGCGGUGGCCGCUGCUCUGCAUCAACAACACCAAGCCGAUGAUGGUGACAGUAAGGACGAUCCGGCAGCUCGAUCCCUUCCUGCUGCAUCUCAGCCACAGAACAUUGCAGCGGACGCUCCUCGCGAUCCGUAUCCGAACGACUUUGUCGAUCCGGAGAUCGUUGAGAGGCCAUUCCGUGUAGCCAUCGACCCGGAGUAUAUGGACCUCCUCGCUCUGCCCCCAAGCGAUCCUGGCACCCCAGAUCCGCACCAUUCCACCGACCUUCCUGCUCUACCGGACAGCCGCCCGCCCUCCCCGCCAGGCACAGAACAUCUUGCUCCCAUUGACAGAAGCCUCGCCGCCCAUGACAAGAACCCCUCCACACCGCGCAAAACCGAGUCGCGCAAGCCCAACCGCAAAGCUGCUAGCCUUAGCGCAGUACCCCUAACAUUCAAGCUGGUCAAUCGCUCAACACCCUCGUCCUCGGGACUUCCGCGCCCCUCACCCCUCGCGUCCCCUCUAACCCCAGGCCUUGCACGCCCAUCAUCACUCAUGUCACCGCUGAGUCCUGCCAUGGACUCACCGGGCUUUUCCCGAACAAAGGCGCGCCCGACCUCUUGGGACAACUCGCGCGAGAUCAAGCCAUUAUUCCUACUCGAUGCUGCGAGGCGGGAGUCGCUGUUAUCGGAUGAGGAGAGGCCAACUCGGCCGCGGUCGAUAGAGCCCGACUAUGCUGUGUAUAGUCGCCGGUCGUCGCUUGCUUCCGCGAGGGCGUCGGUGGUUUCACCGAGAUCGGAUGAUGUUGCUGAUUUGCCGGCUCUACCGGAGAGUCGCGAGGCUUCUCUGGAGAGAGUUGAGGAGCUGCCGGCGUCGGUGGAGGAGCCAACAUCAGUUUUGGAUCCGCUUGAACAGCCACUUGCCAAGGAUGGUGAUGUAGUAUCCAAGGAGGUUUCACUGGAGCCCGAGGCUGAUCAAGUCAAGGAGGCCUUUGGUAUCGAAAGACCUCAUUCUCCGGAUCAAUUCGAAGAGCCACACGAGUUUCCUGAGCUUCCCGAAAGCCGCCCAGCAACACCGAUCGAUGAUAGAGACCUUCAGGUUUCGGACGCUAUUGUUCAGGAAGCUGGCGAUCCUACCACCCACGCUGAUGGCCAACAAGAUGAGACAUCUCGAGAGGUAGACGAUUUACCGCAGCCGACUCCAAUAGAGCCUGAUACAUGCAACCGUAGCUCUCAUCUCUUCCAGCCAACGCCACAGACAACUCCGAUCAAGCACUCUAGCAUCGAUGAUAUCAUAUUGGAGCAUCCUACUCAAGAUGAGUCGGGCGAUCAAGACGGCGUGGCUGUACAGGAGCGCAGUACUACAGAAGAACAAGGCGAGAGCUACGUGACUAGAGAUAUAAACGUAAUGGACGUUCCUAUGGCCCAAUUUGACAGCACAGCGCGCGAGGUCGCAGCGGAAGAAGAAGCUGAGCCUGUCGACGAAUGGAGCGCUACCCCAUCAAAGAAGGCUAAAAAAGACAAGAAGAAGGAAAAGAAGGCUAGGAAGGGAGGUUAUCAGACUCCACCCGUUGAGAAAACCCCAGAGCAGGCCGCCCUUCCUGAGACGCUUGAGGAGCAACCGCAGCAGCCGACCGAAGAUUUGAGUCGUGAUCUGCCACUGGCUGCAGCCGCUGCAGCCGCCGCGACUGCUGCUAUUGCUACCUUUGAUGAAGAGCCAAGCGCUUCUCGAGACCUAAGCAUCUCGGACGAACCAAGCAUUCCUGUGGAGCCGGUAGAGCCAGAGUGGGCAUUGAAGCCAUCUAAGAAAGACAAGAAGAAGGCGAAGAAAUCCCGCGGAGACCCCGUCUCAACUCCAGCCGACGACACUCCCGCAAAAUCUAUCCUCCCCGAGGCCGAUAUCGAACAGCCGCCGGAGCCCCUUGAGGAUUUUGCUGUGGAGCCAGAAUGGACUGCGAAGCCAUCUAAGAAGGACAAGAAGAAGGGGAGAAAGAGUCGCGGAGGUGAAGCCACGCCUCCGGCUGAAGACACUACUGCAGAGACUAUCCUCCCUGGGGGUGAUGUCGAACAACCGGUACAGCCUGCGGAAGAGUUCGUUGCCGAGCCAGAGUGGGAUUUGAAGCCUUCUAAGAAAGAUAAGAAGAAGGCUAACAAGGGUUUCAGCGAGCAAGCUUCAAUCCCGGCCGAGGACAAUACUACAGAGACUAUUCUUCCCGAGGCCGAGAGCGAACAACCACUACAGCGUGCUGAAGAAGCACAACCUGCCGACGAAGCACAGCCUGCUGAAGACUUCGCCACCGAGCCGGAAUGGGCCUUGAAGCCUUCGAAGAAGGACAAGAAGAAGGGCAAGAAGAACCGUGGAGAUCAAACGCCGGUGGAGGACAAUGCUGCAGAGACUAUUGUUCGCGAGGUCGAAAGCGAACAACCGGUGCAACCAGCUGAUGAGGCUCAGUCUGCUAAAGAGGUCCAGCUUGUCAAAGAGGUGCUUCCCGUUGAAGAUUUUAUCGUGGAGCCAGAAUGGGCUUUGAAGCCUUCGAAGAAGGAUAAAAAGAAAGGCAAGAAGGGUCGCGGGGAGCAAACUCUGGCCGAGGACAAUACUGCCGAGACUACUCUUCCCGUAGUUGAGAGCGACCAACAGAUACAGCGCGCCGAAGAGGUUCAGCCUGCCCCAGAGGAACUUCCUGUCGAAGAUUUCGUCGCGGAGCCAGAAUGGGCCCUGAAGCCUUCGAAGAAGGACAAGAAGAAGGGUAAGAAGGGUAGCGGGGACCAGACCCCAGUCGAGGACAAUGUUGCCGAGACUAUUCUUCCUGAAGCCGAUAGCGAACAACCAAUACAGCCUGCUGAAGAUAUAGUCGCAGAGCCGGAAUGGGCCCUGAAGCCUUCAAAGAAAGACAAGAAGAAAGGAAAGAAGGGUCGAGGAGGUCUGGUUGACGAUACUGCUACUGAGCCAUCGAACUCGCCCGAAUCCGCUCCGGAACCAGAACACCUUCAGACUUUGGAAGAUGAGGAGGCGGCUAAAGAAAUCCCCGUCGACAUUCCUGUUACUGAUCUCGGUGAUGAGCCCGCCCCCGCUUCGGAACAACAGCCGAAGCCUUUCGAAAUCGUCGCUGAAGAUGUUCCUGUCGACGUUCCCGCAACCACUCCCAGUGACGAGCCUAAGUCCGUUUCAGAGCGACAGCUACAGCCUUUAGAAAACGUAGCUGAAGAUGCUCCUGCCGACAUUCCUGUUACAGCUCUCAACGACGAGCCAACCCCUGUCGUGCAACAAGAGCUACAGCCUUACGAAGACGCAACCAGAGACGCCAAUACCGAUAUUCCUAUUACAGCUGCCGAUACCCCCGUCGUGGAAUCUGAGGAGCCAGCAGAGCCAACAUGGGCCUUGAAACCUUCGAAGAAAGACAAGAAGAAGGCGAAGAAGGGUCGCGGAGCUCCAGUUGAGGAGGAUACUGCAAUAGAACAACAGCUACAACCUUUAGAGGACGGAGUUAAAGAUGCUCCCGUCGACAUGUCUAUUGCGGCCACCGAUGAUACCCCUGUUGCGGAAUCCGAAGAGCUAACUGAACCAACGUGGGCGCUGAAGCCCUCAAAGAAAGACAAAAAGAAGGUGAAAAAGAGUCGCGGUGGUCUUGUCGAGGAUACUGCUGCAGAGAUAUUAGACUCUCCCGAAUCUGCUGCUCCCGAAUCUUCUGCUCCCAAAUCUGCUGCGGAGCAACCGCCUAUGGAAGAUGUUGCCGUAGAUGUCCUCGCCGAUGCUCCUAUUGCUAGUCCAACUGACGAGGCUGCCCCGGCCACAGAACCCGAAGAACCAUCGGAACCAAUGUGGGCGCUAAAGCCUUCAAAGAAGGACAAGAAGAAGGCGAAGAAGGGCCGCAGCGGUCCAGUCGAGGAGGACACUACUGUAGAGCCACUAGACUCCCUAGAAUCUGCCGUGGAACAACCGCCUCUAGAAGACAUAACUAGAGAAGCUCCCGUCGACAUUGCUACCGCCGCCUUCGACGAGCCCCCUCCCGCCGCAGAAUCCGAAGAGCUAUCAGAGCCAACAUGGGCGCUGAAGCCGUCGAAAAAAGACAAGAAGAAGGCAAAGAAGAGCCGCGGCCUGUUUGAAGAGGAUACUGUUCCAGAACCACAGGGAGAGCCCUUGGAAGACGUGGCAAAAGAUAUUCCCAUCGAAACUUCUCUUGGUACUCUCAGUGAUGGGCCCACCACCGUUGAGCCCACCACCGUUGAGCCCACCACCGUUGAGCCCACCACCGUUGAGCCCACCGUUGUCGAGCCUACACCCGCUGCGGAAUCUGAAGAGCCAACAUGGGCGCUGAAGCCUUCAAAGAAAGACAAGAAGAAGGCAAAGAAGAGCCGCGGCCUGUUUGAAGAGGAUACUGUUCCAGAACCACAGGGAGAGCCCUUGGAAGACGUGGCAAAAGAUAUUCCCAUCGAAACUUCUCUUGGUACUCUCAGUGAUGAGCCCACCACCGUUGAGCCCACCAUCGUUGAGCCUACCAUCGUUGAGCCCACCGCCGUUGAGACCGUCCCCUCUACAGAACUCGAAGAGUCAUUCGAGCUAACAUGGGCGCUAAAGCCAUCAAAGAAAGACAAGAAGGGAAAGAAGUCUCGCGGUGUUCCGACUGAGGAUACUGCUGUAGAGCCACUCAGCGCUCCUGAAGUACAGCCAUCUGAAGCUUCAGCAAACGACGCCCCCGCAGUCCUUGACGCGCCCACCACUGCUCUCGACGAAGAGCCAAUUGCGCCUUUGGUAGAACCCGAAGAACAGAUCGAACCGCAGUGGUCGCUAAAACCCUCCAAGAAAGACAAGAAAGGGAAGAAGGCGGCUCGUGGAGGCGAAACUUCGGCGCCAAUUGAAGACACUAUCGUCGAGCAGUCCACCCUCCCAGAAGCUCAACACUUUGAAGAUUCGUCACCAAUCGUCGAUGCGCCUGUUAGUACUAUUGAAGUCGAACCCAUCGCGCCUGUAGAGCCCGAAGAGCAGGCCGAACCGGAGUUCGCCCUCAAGCCAUCGAAGAAAGACAAGAAGGGGAAGAAGGGGAAGAAAGCACAGGAAGUUCAAGCCUUAAGUUGGGCCAGUGAGGUUGCGGAGACUGCUGAUGAUUCAACGAAAGACAUUCCUCCAAUCGACGCUGCGGAACCCGACGAGCAAAUCGAAUCAACAUGGGCGCCAAAACCCCCAAAGAAGGACAAGAAAGGGAAGAAGGGAAAGAAAGCAUUCGAGGUCGACGACACACCUGAGUUAUCCGAAGACUUAACGAAAGAUGCUCCACUAAUCGUUGAUGCACCUAUCGAAUCCGAAGCGCCAAUUGAGCCAGAAUGGGCGCCGAAGCCGUCGAAGAAAGACAAGAAGGCGAAAAGGGGCAAGAAAGCAUUCGAGGUUGAGGGCACACCUGAGCCAUCCGAAGAUUUAACUGAAGACGCUCCAACGGUCGUCGACAUACCUGCUUAUUCUCCCCACGACGAACAAUCUGCGCCCACAGAAUUUGAGGAGCCUAUUGUGGAGACGUUUGCACUGAAAUCUUCGAAGAAAGACAAGAAAGCGAAGAAAGCCCGCGAAAGCGAAGUGUCAACUCCCCCUGUAGACCUCAACGAUGAAGCUACUUCGCAAACCAAGACUGUCGACGGAUUUGAGGCUGGCUAUAAGGAAGAUCAGUUGGCUCUAGCAAGGCAAUUACAAGCGGAAUUCGGAUCAGGAUCGGCGAAAUCUAAGAAGUCCAAGAAGAAGUCUCGCGGCGGAAGCCAACCCUCAGCACCCUCUACACCUGUCGAAGUAGAGGCUGCUGAGGUUGAGUAUUUCGAGAGCGCUCCGCAACCAAGAUCUAUCGACGGCCUUAAGGUUGGCUACGAGGAGGACCAAUUAUCUCUCGCAAAACAACUGCAAGCCGAGUUCGGAUCAGGCAGCAAGAAGUCUAAGAAGGGGAAGAAGUCUCGCGGAAGCCAAGGCUCAAUGCCAUCUACACCUAUCGAACUUGAGACUGCUGAGGUUGAGAACACUGAGUGUGCUUCUCAGCCAAGAGCAUUCGACGGACUUGAGGUUGGCUACGAGGAAGACCAGCUAUCUCUCGCAAAGCAAUUGCAAGCUGAGUAUGGGUCGGGUAGUAAGAAGUCUAAGGGGAAGAAGUCUCGUGGAAGCGAAGUUUCAUCGCCCUCUACACCCGUUGAAGUCGAAAGCUUUGAGAGUGAUCCACAACCAAGAGCUAUCGAUGGCUUCCAGGUUGGCUACGAUGAGGACCAGCUGUCUCUCGCGAAGCAGUUACAGGCUGAAUUUGGAUCAGGCAGUAAGAAGUCAAAGAAGGGCAAGAAAAACCGCAGCUCUUCUGCAACGCCAAAGUCAAAUUACGAAACUUACGACGAAGAGCCGCAGGCUUUCAAGUCUGAAGCAGCGACACUAGACUCUCAACAUGACAAACCUAAGGAUCUCGACAAUUCACCUAUCUAUGAGGCAGCCGAAGCGCCACGAGACUUUCAAGAUGUCAGGUCGGUUGAAGUACCACAGGCAGCAGAAGACAACUCCACAAUCGAAGCUAUGGUUGGAGCAGCAGCAGCCCUUGGAGCUAUUGGAGUCGGCGCAGCAAUCAAACAUGCAGUCGAAGCUCCAGAGGCGCCAGAAGACAAAUCUUCCCACGACAUUAUUGAGGUACCAAGGGAAGUCUCGCAAGAUCCCAGAUCUCUUGAUAUGCCGGAAUAUCCAGGAGAUACCACAGUUCCUCAAGUGGUAGUCGACGCGCUGCACGACCUGCAAGGAUCUCGAUCUAUUGAUGGUGCAGAUUUCCCAGAAGUCGUCGCAUCAAGAGACUUGCAAGAUUUCGAAUCGAAACCCGAGCAUAUGGCCACGAUACAUCAGCAAGAAAAGCCAGAAGCUUUGGAAGAGCUUUCCCACCCAUCAUUUCCAAAGCAUGUCAUAGCGGAUAGAGAGAUUGGUAGCCCGUCGCACGUUACAUCUGACUAUCUGAGUCCUGAACCUCAAUGGCACACUCCAUCCCGGCUACCUGUCGUGCUCGAGGAGGAUAGCACCGACUAUAAGAAGUCUUCCGACACCGCACCUCAGGAGCACAUACCUCUUGGAGACAGUAGUAUGGAUGACUUCAAUCGCGACAGCGCCUACGUGGCCGAAUCGCCAAUAACUACUUCACGGUCGCUUGCAGCAGAUCACGAAUAUACGAGAGACAGCGGUGUUCACAUUGAAGGACGGAGCCGUAGCCAUACUCCUGAGAGGAGGGCGUCUCCCCCACGAACCCCAGCAGCAGUGUCUGACGACGCACUCGCACGUCUCUCAUGGCCACCUGUGAAUGAUGCGGAUGAGACCGUGGACCUGCACAGACCAAAGUCCCGUAAGCUUCAGGAACAAUCACGACUUACGCCUUUGAGUUUCCCACCUCCUGCUAUUGGACUUGGAGCCGCAGGUGCAGGUCUGGCUGCUGCAAGAGGCUACGACAAGCUGUCUCGCGCUGGUAGUCCCGACAUUUGCAGGUCGUCCGCUGAUAGCCCCGAACUUCGCAGAUCGUCUGGUGAGAUCAAACGUAUGACAACUCCGCAUCGCAUAGAAACCCCACGAAGCGUGAGCGAACGCAAAACUCCAGAUAUCAAUCGUCUUCAUACGCCAGAUCAGGUGCGAAGUCGACCUGUGAGUGCGACCAGUAGUAAAUUUUCGUCAGGCACGCCUCCGCUGCGCCGUAGCGACCGCAAGACUAGCGGGGACCUAAGGUCUCUGAGCCAACGGAGCCAGCCGAACCUUGACGAGGCAGCUCGGGAAGCUAGACACAGCCCUGUAGGGCCCAGCACCUCCGACAUCACCAACCCCAUCGCAAACGAAGGCCGCGUCCGACUGAAGGACAUGGCUGACGUCUACGAUGGCUACGGCGAAGGGCGCAUUGGGUCGCCAAGGUCACCCACCCGACCACACAGUAUGCGCCGGAGACAGAGCAUGCAAGUCAUCGACCUCGAAGCAAGGCUCGAACAAUUAGCAGCAGAGAAUCGCAUGCUGGCCGAGGCCAAGGAACAGGCAGAAUCCAACCUUCACCAGUCGCAGCGCGCGACCUCCGACCUCACCGACCGCGACGCAGAAAUCGAUACAUUGAAGCGCACGCUCGACUGGUUCCAUAAAGAGGUUGAUCGACUGAAGGAGAUCAAUGAGGGGCUUACGAGCGCGAAUGUCACGAUCGGACAGCAACAUGAUAAUCGCUAUACCCAACUUGAGAGCCAGCAUGCGCAGGCUACUAGGGAGCUUGAAGAAGAGCGACACGCGCACGGAAAUCUAUCCGAAGGCAUGGCAGUGAUUAUACAAGGCAAGGUUCAGGAAGAGCUACAAGACAAAGACCGCGAGCUUGAGCAGUUGCGCAACGAGCUCGAUUCAGCGCGCGAGCAGAUCAAAGGGAUGCAGCGCCAGAUCCUGAAAUCCAAGUCCGAGGGUGCUUCCUUCCUUGUGGUGCGCAACGAGGACUACUUCGACGACGCCUGCCAGAGACUCUGCGAGCACGUAUCGCAGUGGAUCCUGCGCUUCUCCAAGUUCAGCGACAUGCGCGCCUGCCGACUGACAUCGGAGAUCAGCAACGACAAGAUUAUCGACCGGCUGGACAACGCCGUGCUCGACGGCUCCGAUGUCGACGACUACCUCGCCGACCGCGUGCGCCGCCGAGACAUCUUCAUGUCCAUGACCAUGACCAUGGUAUGGGAGUACAUUUUCACACGCUACCUAUUCGGCAUGGACCGCGAGCAGCGCCAGAAGCUCAAGUCCCUCGAGAAGAUGCUCCUCGAAGUCGGCCCGCCCGCCGCAGUCCAUCAAUGGCGCGCAACGACGCUUUCCCUGCUCGCGCGCCGUCCCGCCUUCGCCGCACAGCGCGACCAGGACACCGAGGCUGUCGUCCAGGCCAUCUUCCAGACCCUGAGUACAAUCCUCCCGCCGCCCUCCAACCUAGAGGAGCAGAUCCAGGUGCAGCUCCGUCGCGUCGUCCGCGUCGCUGUCAAUCUGUCCAUUGAGAUGCGCACUCAGCGCGCGCAGUACAUGAUGCUCCCACCGCUUCAGCCAGAGUACGACGCCAACGGCGACCUGGCGCGCGAGGUCGCCUUCAAUGCUGCGCUGAUGAGCGAGAAGAUCAGCGCGGGCGGUUCGAGAGGGGCGCCGCAGGUGAGCGGCGAGGACAGAGAGGAGGAGGGCGCUGUGGUUCAGGUUGUGCUGUUCCCGCUUGUGGUGAAGCAGGGUGAUGAUGAGGGGGUGGGAGAGGAGGAGAUUGUGGUGUGCCCCGCUCAGGUGCUCGUUGCCAGGCCGAGGGAGCCCGGGUCGAGUGUUGGGAUGAGGGGGGGGAGGAAUGUGAGCAGAGUUAGUAUCCCGGUUAGUUCGGCGAUGGGGAGUGAAAUUUAGUGUGAUGGGGGAGGAGGAAAAAGUUUGAUGAUGAUGACGGAUGGGUGGAAGGAAGGAUGGAUGGGAUGUGUUAAAGAUAUUGGUUGUUUUUUGUUUUUUUUGUUUAGCUGGCGUUGGGUGGAUACCUGCAUUUGGGCCCUCUCUUUUUCGCGGUUGCAGAAGGGGAUUGGGUAUAAAAUAGUUUCCUUGAGCGUAUAUCGAAUUUAUAUUUUAUGUUUAUUGUC